GUUAGAUAUCAACAACAUAAUCCUAAAAGUGUUAGCAGUUGUGCAGUAACUUUAAUUGGUAAUGGCAGCUGAUUCUACAAUAUUACUGAAGCCAAAAUCGGAGUUCGGGGAUUACACAGACCUGCCUUCGAAGCAGCCCAAACGGUUGUUCAAGUGUGAGGUAUGUGGCAAAGAAUUCAUUAGGAAAGCUCAUUUGCAGCAACAUUUCUUCACUCACACUGGUGAGCGGCAGCAUAAGUGUGAAGUAUGUGGCAAAGACUUCAUUAGGAAAACUCACCUCCAAGAACACAUCACCACCAUCCACACUAAUAAGCCAUCCUAUAACUGUGAAACAUGUGGCAAAGCAUUUUCCCGGCGAAAUAACUUGACUUCGCACAAAUUGAUUCACAAUCGUGAACGGCCGCAUAAGUGCGAGGUGUGCGGCAAAGAAUUCUUAAUGAUGAAGCGCCUGGAGCAACACGUUUCCAUUCACGCUGGCGAACGUGCGCACAAAUGUGAAGUAUGUGGUAAAUUUUUUACCUUACAGAAUAGAUUAGCAAAACACAAACUUUUAUGUAGAGAACAGACGUAUAAGUGCGAGGUAUGUGGCAAAGAUUUCCGCCAGAAGGUCCACCUACAGCAACACAUUGACAUUCACACUGGCAAGAGGGAGUUCAAAUGUGACACAUGUGGUAAAGAUUUCAUUCAGAAGACUCACCUGAAACAACACAUGAUUACCCACACCGGUGAGCGUCCACACAAAUGUGAAAUAUGUGGCAAAGGAUUCCUUCUGAAGUAUAACCUGAAGGAACACGUUACUAUACAUACUGGUGCGCGAAACUAUAAAUGUGAAAUAUGUGGCAAAGAUUUCAUUCGGAAGGGUCUCCUGCACAAUCAUAUUACCACCCACACCAAGGAGCGCACUUACAGAUGUGAAACAUGUGGCAAGGCAUUUGCUCGGCGGACUUAUUUGACAGCACAUCAAUUCCUUCAUAGUAGAGAACGGCUAUACAAAUGCGAAGUGUGUGGCAAAGAAUUCGUACGGAAGCAGCGCCUAGAGCGACACGUUCCCACUCAUACUGGCAUGCGGCUGCACGAAUGCGAAAUGUGUGGCAAAGCUUUCCAUCUGAAAUAUAAUCUGCAAAAACACAUUAUCACCCAUAAAGGUUUGCGGCCUUACGAAUGUGAAAUAUGUGGCAAAGCAUUUAGUGAAAAGGGCACAUUGACCUCGCACAAAUCGAUUCACAGUGGUGGAGGACUGAAUGAAUGUGAAAUAUGUGGCAAAGAAUUUUUUAUGAAGUCUGACCUACAGCGACAUUUUACCAUCCACACUCGUAAGCGGCAGUACAAAUGUGAAACAUGUGGCAAAGAAUUCCGGUAUAAGCAAAGCCUGCAGCGGCACAUACGCUCUCACAGCUAGAUAGCAAGUCCGCGUGUCAUGACCAAUACAAAGUAUACAAACCCGAUUAGUUAGAGAAUCUCGAAACUCAUGCAUUUUCUUUCAUUCCACUAACUGUACAUACUAGACAGUAAAGGAAUUCGCUCGUUA